GUUUGCUGAAACCGGACACCUGACACAUUGGAGCCAAAACUCCACUCACUGAAAACUAUUUAAAUGGAAAAAAGGGAUGAGCAUCGGGCUUCCAGUUUGAGACGUUCGAGUCCAAAUCCCCCCUCUGUCGUUUGGUCUUUCUUUCUGCGGUCCGAUAUCCCAAACCAGGAUUGGCAUAAAUGAAUAAACUACGUCAUCUGACAGAAGAGAAGUCACGCGUGGAAACUUCCAGUCGUUGUAUGUUUUUACACCGUGCGGGAUUGUAUAUUUGGCCUUAAACGUGCGAAAGUGACACAUCGGGAUCAUUUCCAGAAGCGUGUCCAAUGCGUGAAAAAGCAGCGGGUGCUUUGUGUCCCUCAGCUAAGGAGUCACGUUGUGAUUAAAGGAUUAGGAAAUUGACUGCCGGGACAAAUGAAUACAAAUGAAUUUAGGGACCCGAAGGAGAGAUUGCAGAACCUCUCAAGUCACUACAAAGAGAGCCCUAAUUCUCUGUGCUGUUUUGUACUGUUCUUGUUACCUAGGACUUGCACAAGUACAUCCUGAAGAUGUGGACAUUCUUCAAAGGCUGGGCCUUACAGAAAAGAAAGCACAAACACCUUCAUCAGCUUCCCGUUCCAUUCCUCAGGGCGUUAUACCUUUCAAAUCUGGUGUUAUUUUCACUCAACGGGCACGGAUUGAAGCACCAGUCAAGGCACUUAUUCCUGCCACAUUUGGCACGAACUUUGCUUUGAUACUGAGCCUUUGCUCUCACCGUAUUAAUAAUGCUUUUUUAUUUACUGUUAAAUCUAAAACUAAAAAACUGCAGCUGGGGGUGCAAUUUAUACCUGGCAAAAUUAUAGUAUAUUUAGGUCAAAAGAAAUCUGUAUAUUUUGAAUAUGAUGUUCAUGAUGGCCAGUGGCACAAUCUGGCCAUUGACAUCAGAGGCCAAAAGGUCACUUUAUAUACUUCUUGUGGGAAGCAACGUUUACAUGCAGAUUUGCAUUUUAAAAAGGAACAGAUUCUAGACCCAGAUGGAUCCUUCCUGUUAGGGAAAAUGAACCAAAAUUCUGUUCAGUUUGAAGGCGCUAUUUGCCAAUUUGAUAUUUAUCCUUCUGCCAAGGCAGCUCAUAACUAUUGCAAGUACAUUAAGAAGCAGUGUAGGCAGGCUGAUACAUAUCGGCCAAACCUAUCCCCCCUUAUCCCUUUAAUAUCUGGAAAUUCAAAUAACAUUAUUACUCACGUCACUCCAGUUUUGUCAAGUGGGAAUGUCAAAAAAGAUUUUUUAAAUAUUACGUAUCCUUUUACCAAUACAGGAAUGGGCAUUCAGAUUUUAGCUAACACUCCAAAGCUCCUGACACCUAGUUUGACAACUGUGCAUCAAGGAAUUAGCAACCCUCAUUUACAGGUAACACCCCCACCUGUUACACUGAGAGCUGGACUACAGCCUCCUCUACAAGCAAGGACCCAGACUGUCACAAUGCCUCUCCGGACAAGCAGCUCACUCUCGAAACCUGCUGUUGACAAAGGAAUGGGCAUAACCUCAGAGCAUGGCCAGAACACAUCUGAUAAAGCAAUCGCAGCGAAGGAUAACAAAAACAAAAUAAAAUAUAGUAGCACCAUUACCCCCACGUCAACCAAGUCAACAAAAAAGAAGUUUACUUCCCAUCCUUCAGUUGUGGGAUUAGAGACAAGUUUGAACCUGUCACAAGGACCAUCACCAAAAAAGCAACUGCAGCAACAACCUGGAAAAGUGAAAGGAACAUCUUCUCGGAACACCAAGUCUACCACUUUCUUUGUACCAGUCACUCCACCAGCCACAGAUGGCUACCAGAAUUUUGAUAUGUUUCCAACUCAGUAUUCUCUUCUCUCUGGGCCACCAGGACUGAAAGGAGAACCAGGACCAGCAGGACCCCCAGGGGCAAUAGGAAAACCAGGACUGCCUGGGAAAAGGGGGCCAAGGGGACCACCAGGUCCACAUGGCAAUCCAGGACGUCCAGGUCCCCCUGGUCCCAAGGGAAAAAAAGGAGAUCCUGGGCUAUCACCAGGAAAAGCACCGCAUGGAGAAAAGGGUGACCCAGGACUUCUGGGUCCACUUGGAUUGCCUGGACCCCCCGGUCGAAAGGGCCAAAAAGGCUACCCUGGUCCACCAGGACAUCCUGGAGAAUCAGGAGAACGUGGUCCAGAUGGAAGCCCAGGUGCCAAGGGUUAUCCUGGCAGGCAGGGUUUGCCAGGACCUGUAGGAGAACUGGGGCCUAAAGGAUCUCGGGGUUUCAUAGGUAUUCCAGGUCUGUUUGGAUUGCCUGGACCUGACGGAGAACGAGGCAUCGCUGGCAUUCCAGGGAAGAGGGGCAAGAUGGGUAGGCCGGGAUUUCCGGGUGACUUUGGCGAAAGAGGACCUCCAGGCCCUGAUGGAAACCCAGGAGAUUUAGGAUCCCCUGGUCCUCCUGGAGUACCUGGACUCAUUGGUGAUAUGGGGCCUAUUGGACAAAUGGGAAUCCCAGGACCACAUGGACUGAAGGGGUUGACCGGAAAUCUUGGAGAACCAGGACUGAAAGGUGAUAAGGGUGAAGUUGGGCUUCCAGGAAUUCCUGGUGAAGUUGGAUAUCAAGGCGACAAGGGUACCAUUGGGUUGCCCGGACUGCCAGGAUUGCGAGGUAAAGCUGGUCCAGCGGGUAAGCCUGGUGAUAAAGGACCUUCUGGUUUACCUGGCCCACCAGGCCCUGAGGGAUUCCCAGGAGAUAUUGGACCACCAGGACUCGAUGGCCCUGAAGGCCCUAAGGGUAAACCAGGGGCUAGAGGACUGCCGGGGCCCCGGGGUCUACCAGGACUAGAAGGAGAUGAAGGCCCACUUGGACCACCAGGGGUCCCAGGACUUGAGGGCAGGCCGGGCAGAAAAGGAUUUCCUGGUAAACCUGGCCCAGAUGGUUCAAAGGGAGAACCAGGCAUUACUGGAAAAGUCGGCAAAGUUGGUGAAAUGGGUCUGCCAGGUUUUAUUGGACCUGUUGGAGAGAUUGGAAUUCCUGGUGAAAAGGGUGAUCGUGGUAUAAUGGGUGUCCCAGGACCUCCGGGUAUAAAGGGAUCAAUGGGUCACCCUGGAUUACCAGGUGAAACAGGACCCACAGGACCACCUGGCCCACCAGGUAUUGUUGGCUCUCGUGGACCAGCUGGCCCAAGAGGACCCAAAGGCAGACGGGGUGCCAGAGGGUCUGAUGGUCUACCAGGAGAGCUGGGAUCACCAGGAGGAAAGGGUCCAGAAGGUCAAGCAGGAAAACCGGGUUCAGAUGGACAGCAGGGAAAAAUUGGUGAAAAUGGGGAACGUGGUCUGCCAGGCUUUCCGGGAAUUCAAGGACCUUCUGGUUCACCAGGAGCAAAAGGAAUAGCAGGAGAACCGGGACCACCAGGGCCUCCAGGCAGUGUUGGAUCAUUAGGAGAAAUUGGACAUAAGGGUCCUCCAGGCAAGUUAGGUGGACCUGGUGUUCCUGGUGAACCAGGAGAGAAAGGUGAUGUUGGACCUGCCGGUAAUGCUGGAGAACAAGGCCUCAUUGGACCACGGGGUGAAAAUGGAGUAGAGGGAGAAGCUGGACCAUCUGGUCACGAUGGAACUAAGGGUGAAAAAGGGGAACCAGGUCCUGAAGGCGAAAAAGGAGAAAAGGGCAACAUCGGACAAAAAGGAAAGGAAGGUUCUCCUGGAGAUCCAGGCUUGCCUGGAGUAAAGGGUCCUGAAGGAAAACCCGGAAAAUCUGGAGAAAAAGGCAAGAUGGGUAGAAAGGGAGAUAAGGGUCAUCAGGGUCACCUUGGCGAAACAGGUAUAAUCGGAGAAAGAGGGAUCUUGGGAUUCCCUGGCCCAAAAGGAUCAAGAGGGUCACUUGGACCAAUGGGAGCCCCAGGUCGAAUGGGUGAACAAGGAGAACCAGGAAUACCAGGAUAUGAGGGGCAUCAAGGAUCUCAAGGUCCCAUUGGACCACCUGGACCAAAGGGCGAUAAGGGUGAACAAGGAGAUGAUGGGAAGACAGCUGGCCCCCCAGGAACACCAGGAGAUAGAGGUCCUUCUGGAGACAGAGGAGACAGAGGUGAAUCUGGAGAUACUGGCUAUCUUGGCUUACAAGGACCAGAUGGGGGGAGAGGUAAAGCUGGAGCCCCAGGUUUGCCAGGAGAACCUGGGCCUCCAGGACAUCCAGGGCCAAAAGGAUCCAAAGGGCAAGAGGGACAAAAGGGAAAAACAGGAAUUCAGGGUAAAGUUGGCAGCCCUGGACCUCCAGGUUCUGUUGGUCCUCCUGGGCCCAGAGGAGUGGUGGGGCGUCAGGGUCAGGAAGGAAUCCCUGGUGUUGAUGGAAUUCAAGGGAAAGAUGGAAUCCCCGGCAUACAUGGUGAGCAAGGAGAUGAUGGUGAGCUAGGAACUCAUGGGAAUCUUGGGCCUCGGGGAAAUGUUGGUUUACCCGGACUUCCUGGAGCUCAGGGAUCACCUGGAUUAAAGGGUGAAAGAGGUUUGCCUGGUCAGACUGGUCCCACUGGAAAACGAGGUUCUGAAGGAGGCAUGGGGAUGCCAGGGAAGCGAGGUGAUCCUGGUGUAAAAGGACAACCUGGUGACACAGGCGAGCCAGGUUUUCCAGGCAUUCUGGGCAUGUUUGGACCUAAGGGGCCGACAGGAGACCAUGGACCUGCAGGUAUUCAAGGCCCCAAAGGGCCACAAGGACUAAUGGGUAAAGAAGGUGUCAUGGGUCCAAUGGGAAUAACAGGACCAAAUGGAAAUCCAGGACCCAAAGGAGACAAAGGAAGCAGGGGAGAAAUUGGACUACAGGGACCACGAGGACCUCCUGGUCCACGUGGACCACCAGGACCACCGGGUCCACCUGGCAUUCCUUUCUCAAUUAAAAAUGAAGCCCUUGGAGCUGCACUGCAGGUUUUUAUUGACUCUAACGCUGCACUCAGGACAGAGAAUUAUCAAAACCUAGACCUACCAAUGCUAGACCAGGGAACAGAGAUCUUCAAGACCCUGCACUACCUCAGUAACCUGAUCCAAAGCAUUAAAAACCCACUUGGAACCCACGAUAACCCUGCUCGCAUUUGCAGAGAUCUAAAGGAUUGUGAGCAAAGGAUGAAUGAUGGUACGUACUGGAUUGAUCCCAACCUUGGGUGUUCAUCUGAUUCAAUUGAAGUUACCUGCAACUUUACCAGUGGUGGGCAGACAUGUCUGAAGCCUGUCUCUGUCUCAAAGCUGGAGUUUGAUGUGGGGCGCGUGCAAAUGAAUUUUUUACAUCUCUUGAGCUCUGAAGCUGUACAGCACAUUGUAGUCCACUGCCUCAAUGUUCCUGUAUGGAAAGAUGAGAAAUCCCAACAACCUUCCAAAAAUGCCGUUAAGUUCAAAGCUUGGAAUGGGCAAAUGAUUGAAGUGAAUGGAAAUUUUCAACCAGAUGUUAUUCAAGAUGACUGUUGGGUAACAGAUGGACGAUGGCAUCAAACGCACUUUGUGUUUCACACGCAGGAUCCUCAUCUGCUUCCCAUUGUAAAUGUGUACAACUUGCCAACAGCUAAAUCUGGAACACACUACCAUCUUGAAGUUGGUCCAGUGUGUUAUUUGUGAAUUUCGAUGAGGCUUCAAGCUACGUGACUUGAUUCAGGGUUUGGAUCUACAAAGCAACCCAGGCAGCCAUUGACAAGCGUUUCAAAGGAUUUCAUGUGUGGAUCUGAACUGCAGUGAAAGUCAAAGGUUAACUUGACAAGGUUACAAUGACAGAAAGGAGGAGAGGCUUAAGGACUGAAGACUCAUCUUCUUGGACCUCUUCUUGUAGCCUGUAAACAUGGGGUUAUUAUGAAUACAAGAAGGGGGUCCGACGGCAUCUGCCAGGCAUCUGGUGCAGCUUUUUCUCCUUCCACACAAUCCAGUGAAACAAAAAGCUCCAAACGUGUCCAAAUCUAGACAAAGCGGAGCUCCAUCUUUUAUUAUUUUAUAUAUUUUAUGUAAAAAAAUUCAUUUUAAGGUGCAAUAGAAAAAGAUUUAUAAAAGACUUGUAAAAAAAAAAAAAAGAAUAUACAUUUUCUGUAUUUCAUAACGUUUAGGUUAUUCAGGGGUUCCUUUUUGUCAUUUUUAUAUCUACCAAUGCAGCUUGGGUCAGUACCAGGUAGCUCAACAACUGUGUGUACCUGACAAUGUCCGUCACUUUUUAAAAUGUUUUAUAUUAAGUUAUAAAUUAUUUUAUUAUAUUUUAAAAGUAGAGUCAUCAAAUUGUUUUGAUCAUUGCCCAAGAGUGAACUCACAUGUCGACAUUCACAAGAUUUUCUUUCCAGCAGCAUUAUAUAGUCAAUACCAAAUCCCCAAUCUGUGUUAGAAUGGCAUAGUAAGCAGGUUUUGCACUUUCUAAAAGCAUUUAAAUAUUCAAAACUAGUGCUUAAGAAGGGGUCACUCAAGGGGUCUUACACCCAAGAAUCUGUCUACCUCCCAUUUCUUUUGGUGCUCGAUAUUUGUAUUACUAUAAACUGGUGCUGUACCUCACACUACAGAACUGAAAAGGCCCAAUGCCCGUCCAGCCUUAAAAACACAAUAAAACGGGGGACUUGCUCUGUAAUGUGACACCUUCUUUAUGCUGCGGAAGUGUACUUUACAUUCUUUGUACAAUUUCGAAGAAAAUCUGUUCAAAAUUGGAUCUUUUGUACAAAUCUCCCCUACAGCUGUAAUUAUUAUCUAUAAAAUAGUUUUAUUAGUGUGCUUUUGUUGUCUGUUGACAAAAAUGUGUAUAAUUGUGCAAGCUUUGUUGUAAACAGUGGAUCCCUACCUGCUAAUUUAAUUUUAUUUAAAUGUUUAUAAAACGUGGUUGUGAUGACCUAGGAAUAUUUACUUUGUUUAAGAAAUGGUUUUGUUUGUUUAUUUGUUUUUUUUUUGUUUUGUUUUGUUUUUUGUUUUUUUGCUUCAGUACCCAACUGGUCUUGGAGUUUGAACAGAAUUUUAAUAUGCUACGAUAUGUAAAUGUGGUGCUCUUUGUCUUUUUUCACAUCCUAUACUGUACUGCAUGGGUUUCUUAGCUCAGUGAUGGAAACUGUUUAAGCAUUUGAAGAAGAUGUGAAAUGUUUUAAUUUUUCUCAAUGACAUCUGCUUAGGAAACAUGAAGGCUGCAGAAUACCUCACACUUAAACCAAAUGAUGUGUUGCUUUUUUGUCUUUGCUGUUUUCUCCAUUUAAGCACAUCAGCCAAUCGUGUCAAUCAGCAGCCACUGCCUUGUCAUAUUACUCGAACUUCAGUGUUGCACCUGCGAGUUCCUUUCGCUUCUGUCUUGUCCUGUACCCACACUCCAGUAACAUCCAUUGUUUCACAUUAACUACAUUCAAAUGUUUAAUAAAAUAUUGAAAAUUAGACAAAUAAAA